UUACGUUCAUUCAGUUCACUCGGUCUUUGUGAAGCGUUGUCGUCGUAGUCGUUGUCGUGUUGUGCGCUGCGCUUAUCCACACACCGUCUUUCUCGCCUGCCUGUUGCCCGAUAUCAAACGCAGUGUGCUAAUAACAAAAUAAUAAUUAUUUUCGAUAUUUUGAAACGUGUUCUGCUUCGUGCGAGUUCGCAAAUAUUGUGCCGUUGUGCGAACUUGGCGUGUUCUUUUCGCAAGCGAAAUCAGUAAGCGUGUCGAUGAUUAGACGCCCAAAAUUCAAUUGAAAAAGCGACUGUGUCGAGAAAAGUGUGCUAAAUAGCGAGGGUUUCGCAAAAACCCCGCAAAAAAUUAAAUAAAAAUAUUAAUUUUAAAACAAAAACAGCAAAAUUUGCAAAAAAUCGCAAAAAAUGUGCGAGCAGCAAUGAAACAAUAGCGAAGUUAUAAAAACAACAACAGCGAACAGCAUCCGAGCUUAAAUGCAAAGUGUGGCAGCUUAAGCGACAUAAAAGUGUUGAUUCGUAUGCAAUUGUGUUCAAAUCAAGCAAAAAACGCAAAAAAUACAUAUAAACAACUAACAUUGUGUGCAUUUUAUCGUUGGCUAGUCCAAUAAAACCAAUAAAAAGACAAGACAAGUUUGAAAAAAAGUUGUAAACUCAAAACUCCUUCAGUGAUUUUCAUACAACAACAAAUAGCAACAUUGGAUUACAUAUUUGCAUAGAUCUCGCUGUCAAAAAACUUGUCUUAAAUCCAUAAAACACCGCAAAAACAACAACUUCAUUGUGUGUCUUUGUGCCAAGUACUCAUAGUAGUUGUGCUAAUAUACCAGAAAAAUAUAUAAAUUCGAAAACUUAUAGUUUACUUGUGUGAAAAGUGACAUUUCAGUCAAAAAAUCAGUGUACCGAUGCCAGCAAAUUUGGAAUACUCAUAAGCUAAGAGCCGUCGCAACUGCAAGCUACAAACGCGUCGUUAGCCAAGUGCAAGCCAAGCCGCCUCAGCGCGAGAAAUAUAGUUUGAUUCCCGACCGUUAACCGCACAGUUAUCACAGUGGCGCUGCACUCGACAGAAGCCUUAAUGGCUGCGGGUUUUCUGAAAUCCGGCGAUUUGGGCCAUCAUCCGCACAGCUAUGGCGGCCCACAUCCACAUCAUUCGGUGCCGCACGGGCCGCUGCCACCAGGAAUGCCGAUGCCGUCGUUAGGACCCUUCGGAUUACCUCACGGUUUAGAAGCUGUUGGGUUCUCCCAAGGUAUGUGGGGUGUGAAUACAAGAAAGCAGAGACGCGAAAGAACCACAUUUACACGCGCCCAAUUGGACGUAUUGGAAGCGCUAUUUGGUAAAACACGCUAUCCGGACAUAUUCAUGCGAGAGGAAGUGGCGCUGAAGAUCAAUCUACCCGAAUCCAGAGUACAGGUUUGGUUUAAAAACAGGCGCGCCAAAUGUCGCCAACAAUUGCAGCAGCAACAGCAAUCCAACAGCCUUAACAGUUCGAAGAAUGUCGGCUCCGGCUCCGGCUCCUGUUCAACAUCGCGCAACACAUCGAAUAGCGGCAAUAGCAGCAACAACAAUUCCAGCUCAUCCAAUGCCAACAAAUCGAGUUCACACUCAUCGCAUUCCACGUCCGGCGGCAGUGGCGGCAAUAAAUCGGGCAACUCCUCGGGCGCUGGUGGCAAUGCGAAUAAUCCGAACAAUGCCGGCGGUUCAUCAGCAGCAGCGGCCGCUGCCGCCGCCGCCGUCGCACAGUCUAUAAAAUCCCAUCACAGUUCCUUCCUAAACGCAUCCGCCUCGGGCUCAGCGGUAACGCCCACCUCUGGUUCCGCCGUUUCGUCGCACGCACAUUCAACACAUCCGCAUCACAUGUCCGCCGGUGGAGGCAUCAACUCGCUAGCGUCCGGCCCAUCCGUGGCCACAGUGAAUUCACUGAACGCCUCAGUGGCUGCGCAUCAAAACUCCUCACCACUGUUGCCCACACCCGCCACCUCCGUGAGUCCCGUCAGCAUUGUCUGCAAGAAGGAACACAUCAGCGCCGGCUACCCUGGCGGUCCGGUCGGCAAUGACGGCUCACUGCGUUCCACUUACGACACAUUGAAAGACGGCGGCGGCGAUAUCAGCAGCAGCGCUAUACAUCAUCACAGCAUCUAUGGCACUGCGGCAGCGACGAAUCCACGUUUGGUACAACCCGGUGGCAAUAUAACACCGAUGGAUUCGAGUUCCAGCAUCACAACACCAUCACCGCCCAUCACACCGAUGUCACCACAAUCGGCCGCCGCUGCAGCACACGCCGCACAAAGCGCACAAUCGGCGCAUCACUCGGCCGCCCAUUCGGCGUACAUGCCGAAUCAUGAUUCGUACAAUUUCUGGCAUAACCAAUAUCAACAGUAUCCCAACAACUAUGCACAGGCGCCGAGCUACUACUCGCAAAUGGAGUAUUUCAGCAACCAGAAUCAGGUCAACUACAAUAUGGGCCACACCGGCUACAGCGCCUCGAAUUUCGGCCUCUCACCUAGUCCUUCGUUCACCGGCACCGUGUCGGCGCAGGCCUUCUCGCAGAACAGCCUGGACUACAUGUCGCCACAAGACAAGUACGUGAACAUGGUGUAG